CCGUCGGCUGCAGCAGCAACAAGUGUAUCGUGAUCGCCAUGUGGUCGGUCUUCACUGGUCCUGCGACGGUGUGUUCCGUGACGCCGGUCCUAUAAACCUGGUGUCACGCGAGGAUAAGGACGUCCGCUCAGCCGUCGUCUCCUCCGAGGACCGCAGACACAACGGGACAGUCGCUGGAGGUUCACCUUUCGGUUUCCUCGCUACUGUAUCGCUGGCGCGGGCUGUCUCUUCCUCCACCUUCCUCCGUGCUGUGGCUGCUGCCAUAUCGUGGCAAGACGGUUAAUUGUUCUCCGUGAAGAAGGCAGCGGCUGCGCAGGCGCGCGCCUUCCAAUCGUGCGACGGGUCGCGUGCGACCCAGCCUUGACACGGGUGGUGAAUCUCUUGUCGAGUGAAAGAUGAUUCCCUUGGACGCGUCGACGGGCAACCUGCUGUGGAUCCUGGUGGUUGGCUUCAUCCUCGCCUUCUUCCUGGCCUUCGGAGUGGGCGCCAACGAUGUUGCCAACUCGUUCGGCACCUCAGUAGGCGCCAAGGUGCUCACGCUGCGACAGGCCUGUAUCCUGGCCACCAUCUUCGAGAUCCUCGGCGCCAUCCUCAUAGGUUACAAAGUAUCUGACACGGUUCGCAAGGGCAUACUCGAUGUGUCCAUGUACGAAGGGGCGCCGAAGGAUCUCAUGCUUGGCAACCUGGCAGCCCUGGGCGGAAGCGCCAUUUGGAACAUCCUGGCGACGGCGUUCAGCCUUCCCAUCUCGGGCACGCACAGCAUCGUGGGCGCCGUGGUGGGCUUCUCGCUGGUGGCGCGAGGGCUGCGUGGCAUCCGCUGGUGGGAGCUGGGCAAGAUCGUCCUCUCCUGGUUCAUCUCGCCCGUGCUGUCGGGCAUCGUCUCCGCCGUCCUCUACAUGCUCAUCCAGUUCCUCAUCCUGAGGAAGGAGAAGCCACUUGAGCCUGGUCUGAGGUCAUUGCCAUUUUUCUACGGGUUCACUCUCUUCAUCAAUGUGUUCUCCGUCGUACACGACGGACCACACCUGCUGAGGUUCGACCUUAUUCCCUGGUGGGGUGCCAUGAUCAUCGCUGUUGCUAUCGCUCUGAUCUCCAUAAUCGUCGUCUGGUUCUUCAUCGUUCCUCGUCUAAGGGCCAGCAUUGAGAGGGACCUUUCCAGCGACACUGAUAACGACCGAAUAACCAUGACCGAAUUGGCCCAGGCCACCAAGGAUGCGCCCAAGACAUUGACGUAUUCAUUUACCCCGACCGAUCCUGUGAGCGAUGAUGUUAUAGACACCGAUGGUAAUAAGAAGUUGAGUGAAGCUGGCAUUAUGAAUGGUGGCCACAAGUCCAGCAUUGAAAUUAUUUCGGGAAAACUUCAGCACAAUGAUCUUCCAAACCUGCACCCGAACCCCCACACGGUCCAUCCAUCACACAAGAGGCUUUCACUGGUCAUGAUUGAGGAAGCAGCCCUGGCUGUGCCUCCUAUAAAAGAGAACCACGACGACGACAAGCCAGAGACAGCGAAGCUGUUCUCGUUUCUUCAGAUUCUCACAGCUAUAUUUGGAUCCUUCGCACACGGUGGCAACGAUGUCAGCAAUGCCAUUGGCCCCCUGAUUGCACUGUGGAUGAUCUACUUUGAUGGAAAUGUGUACCAGAAUUCAGAGACUCCGAUCUACAUCCUUCUGUAUGGGGGAGUGGGAAUCAGCCUUGGACUGUGGAUUUGGGGUCGCCGUGUUAUACAAACCUUGGGCGAAGACCUCACCAAAGUGACACCUUCCAAUGGCUUCACCAUUGAGAUUGGUGCAGCCUCAACAGUACUGCUGGCCUCCAAAGUGGGCAUUCCAAUCAGCACCACACACUGCAAGGUGGGCUCCAUUGUGUUUGUGGGCUGGGCACGGUCACGCAAGGGCGUCGACUGGGGCCUUUUCCGGAACAUUAUCAUGGCCUGGCUGCUGACGCUGCCCGUGACCGGAGGCCUGACUGCUGCGAUCACAAGCAUCCUGUACGCCGCCUGCUCCCUGUGAAUGUGGUUGCACCAUCGGCAGUGCCACGCUUGAGUCACGCCGCGUCGUGCCUCAGUCAGAUUCGCUGCCAUGUCACUGGAAGCAUUCACAUCCGCUGCUUCUACAAUGUGGUUAGCGUUGCCACGGACAUUACGCAAAGGUUGAGGCAGCACACUUCUAGGGAACCACAAGCAGUCUUCAGCCUAGUGUGAAAUCGCACCGGUGGUGGUGCUUUGCGUGCGCAAAAAUGGCUGCCCACCUGGCAUUCGCACGAUACUUGAGGUUGCUGGAAGGAGCUAAUACGAUAAAACUUUCGUCUUUCUUCUUUUUGAUCCAACCGAUGCCAGCUUGGAGAGGAGGACAAACAGUGACAGCCGUGCUGUGAUGACUCUUUUAGCUGGUGCGAACAAAUUUUCGUCGACGGCAAGUCACAUGUGGUUGGGCAGGAAGAAUGAAAGAAACGGCGUUUGCUUCAGGCAGUACAGUUCAGUGUCGUGGAGCAACAUCUCUGCCACAGAUUGCUCCGAUGUGACUGGAGUACCUGCAAUGCUGCUGGCAUGAAGAAGACUGCAGCAACCUGCCCCCUUGGUGGACCUUUUAAAAGAACAGAGUGUACGUGCCAUUGUGCUUGUUCACAUAGCGGAGGAAUUGCUGUGGAACUUUUUCUUUUGUUCUCAUUUCUGUAUGUGCUAGUCUUUGGUGGCUUGUCGGUUAGCCUGGAGAUACAAAUUCCAGGCAGUGUUAUCUCUACCGUCAUUGGCUGUUAACGAAAGAGCUUCCUUUUGUUCAGAUUGUUUAGGGAGCCGGGCGUCUCGCAAUAAUGUUCUUCACUAGUCUCCACGCAGUGUUUUUCGAGGCAUAAAAUGUAGUUGUAUCGGCAUAAUGGCAAUAGCUAGUCUGCUUUGAUUUUAAUAUACAGAAACAUCAGUGAAAUCGUAGUGCAAAGAAUUUAUUUAUGCUUCUGCAUUACUGGCUGCGUCAUUUUGUGCAGCCGUUGCAAUCAACAGCACAUCCGUUCUUUAUUGUUUCAAUGUCAGUUUGGAAAAAGCGGUUGUGAUGGGAGACUCUGACCUCUGGUAUGAAAGCUUGCUCAAAGGAAGCAAAAUCAUAAUGCUAUCGGCAUUGGCAAUAUUUUUUGUUGUAUAAUUGUGCCUAGUACCUUUAUGCUCUGUGAGCCAACUUCUUGUCUGAUGAAAGCUGGGGAAUGAAUGCUAUUAGUAAAUAUAGUGCACGGUGUGGAUGCAAGCCCGCAGUCUAAAUGCACAGUCAGAGGUGCUUGUGGACACACUCAGUCAGCCUAUGUUUACCUCCGAGACAUUUGUAAUAUAUCAUAAUAGCGCACAGGACUUAAUAGCACAAUGUUGCUUUCAUGUGCUAGCCUGUACAGCGACUUGUGUAGCAAACGCACUUGUUUUUCUACCAGUCCAUCGUGGCGCGUUAGAUGUGAGACACUGCUGUCAGUACAAGUCCUGCACUCAUGUUAGCCUUGGUUGUCAGCUGAACGAGGCCAACAUGUGUCUCUUCUGAAGCAUCAAAGCCAUUUGUUAGUGUAAUUAACAACGGUCUGUUAUUCAGCCACAAAGGGCAUCUCAGCGUAUCCUUACUUAAAAUAAUCAUUUGCCUAUACAUUUAGCCAAAUCGUCAACUCAUUUGCAUAGAAUGCAUGCCUAAGAACAUCAUCACCAGUGAGGUUCAAGUCUGUAGUCUCUCUGGCAAGGAUCCAAAUCAACACUUUCUGUUACAAGAUACCUUAAUGUUUCCAUGUUUUGGGAAGAUGUGACACAUACAUAAAAUAACAGUAGUUGCUCAUGAAAAGUGCACCAACACAGGGUUCAACAAAAGAUCCAUCCUUUCCCAUUUGAGUGUUAGAGAUGUGGGUGACUUUGCAUGGUGGGCUUUCAAAUGUACAGAUCUUAGAUUUGCCAUCAAAGUGAAAGGAAGUUGUAAAUAGUACUUUAAGUAUGUUUUGCCACUUUUAAAAAGGUAGUUUUGUGGUCUGAUGUCUUUCAGUUUGAUAAAACAUUCACUACACAAUGAAUCGACAUGUUUUUUUUUUUUUUGAGGCUGUGCUUUUAAGCAAGAAAACCUUUAACGAUGUUUGUGCAGUGUUUUCUUGAAUCCUCCAAGCAAGGAGGAACUGUUAUUCUGUUGCUGUUGUAUGAAUGGAGCAGCUGCAUUCUAGCUUAACUCACUCACCAUGAUUGCCAUCACUAGUGCAUCAUUUCAUUAAAUAGCUGUGUUUGUUUAUUUACUGCUCUUCAAACGAAUUUUUUUGCAAAAUCUCCAUAAUGUGGAGCUGUUAAACCGGUUAGCUUCAUGGAAUUUAUGCAGAAGAGCCUCCAUGAUCGAAAAAUUAAGAAGGGCAGUUGAAGGAGGCCUGUGAUGGACCAGAUAGAAAGCAGAACGGGUUGGAAACAGCACUGUUAAUUUUAAUGAAGUCAUGCAUUAAUGAUGGCAGUAAUUAUGAGCACAUUCAGUUGUUCUGUGUGUUUGCCAUAGAGAUGGAGUAACAACUAAUAGAUAGUAAACUUGAACAUUUUGACAGACAAUGAGACGUGUGUGAUGGUAGUCAUUUUGUUUAUUAAUCAUGGUAGUUUUAAGCCCACAAGUUGUGUUGAUUAUUUAUAUCAGGCAUGAUUUUAAAUGUCACUAUUUCAUUGUUUAAAACUGGAAAAAUUGCACUUUCUGCGGUACUUCCAGAAAUAACUGCAUCUUCAUGUGUGUGAAGUGUCAGUCAAUUUGCUUUGAUUUUUAAAAGUAACACUCGUGAACCGUGCUUUUACUUGCAAUUUUUAUUUAACUCAUAGUCUAUCGGCUGCUGUAACUAUGGCAGUAGGUAUAAAUUAUAGGAUUUAGUUGUGGCAUGGAUGAAACGUUAUAAAUCUGGGCAUUUGAGAGCUUUAAGGGCUGAUUGGAAAUUUUUAAUAGAUGCACAGUAUGAGCUGUAAUUUUUUGCACUGUCCAGUAAGCUUUGUUUUGCCUGUAACUUAGAGUUCAUCGCUAAUUAGCAGAACCCACUAAAGUAAAUUGCUUCUGCAUGGAAGUUUUAGGUCAGGGGGAAGCAUUGAAGCUUAUGGUAAAGUGUCUUGGCCCUUUUCAAUGAUAAAGUUGUACUAUAGGCACAUGAAGCAGUUGAUAAAAGGCUAUCGGGUUAACAUUGCUGUUACCGGAGUGUUUUUGUGGUGCACCAGGUUUACAACACUGCUAUGAUCAAGACUACUUAAUCAGCAUGAAAGGUUGCAAACGAUGACUCCUAGAACAUAAGAACCCACAGAUGCGCAUUAUUCAGCCGGCUUUUGAAGUUCUGGAGACUUGAACUUCCAGUAUGUGCUAGUUGCUUGGUCAUUGUUGGCUAUUUCUGCUGGCAAUGCGUUACGUGACUACUAAGUACUCUACCUCAAUGUGAUGACAUAUUUUUGUAGAUUGAAAAUGCUUCUAACAAUCAGCACAGCUUUUGCCUUCACUAGUCUACUGGCACAUAAUUUUCCCAAGAGUUCCUGGGUUCUGUGUGGUCUUGGACAUUGCUGAACAUGCUGAUGUUCAAGUGACGUUCUAAUCAAAAACUAUUGUAAUGGAAAAAUAUUAGUGACUGUGCCAAAUGGGCCCUCGAAGGCUUGGAGCUGCUUCCACCAAAAUGGGCUACUUACUAAAGUACAAGUUAAUGCAUAACUAUGAGAUAGCAUAAAGCUUUUCUUAUUUUCUGUUAACUUGUAAAUAGUGCUGUUACAUUUCUUAGAUGCUAAAUAUUACUAUGGGGCAUGCCAUUUGAAAUGCCUCGAUAUAGUCACUUGUGUGCAUAUUGAUUCUUUAUCUGAAAUUCAACCAGUCUUGCAUGCUUGAAUUUCAAUUGCUAAUGGUUCAAGCUUCCUGUUAGUCACUUCUUCUUCUGGUCAGACAUCUUUUCAAGUUGAUUGCUCCAUGAAUGUUUUGCACUUACUCCUGCUUUUGUUUACUAUACCUCUGUUUUUGUUUUUGUUUCUUCCACUGCAGUUGUUAUACAUAGAGUAAACCUAAGCUGCCGGUGUCUGAAGGCAUUGCAUUCCAGUCUUUAUCUUGGAGUGGAUUACUUCAAUGCCAAAGCAGUUCUUGGCAGCGACAGGUA